UGACUCUGACACUGCCUCCCUCCACAAUGACCACAAAAACACGCGGCGAGGCGUACUCUCAUGGCUUCGAGACCGCUCGCUCACUCACUCACUCGCUCGACUCGACCCAACUCAACUCAACUCUUUCACUAAAUUCGAGAACUUUUUUGUCCUAAUCAAAAUCCGAAAAAACCCAUUUCCCAACCACAAAACCCGCUUUCGUUGAAGCAAAAACAAGCGAGUCUUUUGAGUUGAAUGCAUUCAAUUCACAGUAAUGAAUAGAGAGAGCGUUGAAGAUUCUGUGUUUUGGACAAUCCAGCAGCAUUUAUGUUGUCUUCUUUCUCUUCGUUGUGAUUGAAUCUUUGGAUUUGCUCAGCUCUUAAAUCAAGAAUAGCAGAUACUGUGUGAGUUACUGAGUUCAUACUUCCCGUUUAUUUAUCUUCCUUCUCUGUCUGUGGCUCCAAAAUCAAGAUCAAAAUUCCAAUGUGGUCCUCCACUGUUCAGUCUAAUCUCGUGAGUUUCCUCCACCGUAUAACGCCCAAUCCUACUUCGCGAUCUCUCCCUCAGAGCUGUAUCCAUGAAAUAAACAGCCAAUGGCAACCACUUAAUAAGAACAUUGUUGAAUAUUUCACAUUGGGGGAUCUCUGGAAUUGCUAUGAUGAAUGGAGUGCAUAUGGUGCUGGCGCACCAGUUGUGUUAGAUGGUGGUGAGAAUGUUAUGCAAUACUACAUUCCUUACCUAUCCGCCAUUCAGAUCUACACUAAUAAGCCUGUUGCCACUUCCAGGAAUCUGAGAGAGGAUAAUGAAGUUGUAGAAUUUGAAAGUGACUCUUGGAGUGAUGAUAACGGGAGUGAGAAGCUAUCAAGUUCUCUCAGCAAUGACUCCAGCAGGACUUGGGAUGCCAUUUCAGAGGAUUCAAGCUUCGACCAGGAUGGCUCGUGGCCAAUGAACUGUAAGCUUGGGUACCUUUGCUUCCAGUACUUUGAGAUGAACCCUCCUUACUGGAGGGUUCCACUUAGGGAUAAGAUAACUGAAUUAGCUCAGAAUCAUCUGGGGCUAAUGACUCUCAGAAGUGUGGAUCUCUCACCAGCAAGCUGGAUGGCAGUUGCUUGGUAUCCUAUUUAUCAUAUUCCAUCAAAGAAAAAUGAGAAGGACUUGUCAACGUGCUUCCUCUCUUAUCAUACACUAUCCUCAUCUUUUCAAGAUAGUGCAGUUGAGCAUGAUGACAGCGCAGGCAAUGCAAACUUUGAAUUGGGAGAAAACGCCAAUGGUAAACCAAAGGGCGAAGUCAGCAGAAGGAUUUCCCUUACUCCCUUUGGGCUAGCUUCUUAUAAAAUGCAAGGAGAUAUCUGGGUAAACCCAUAUUCACAUGACCAAGAAAGGCUAAUCGAUCUUCAUAGAGCCGCAGAUUCCUGGUUGAAGCAGCUUAAUGUCUGCCAUCACGACUUCAGCUUUUUCACUUGCAACUCUCAUUUGUAAAUCAGUAUGUUUUCAUGACCUCCCUUGUCAUCCUUUAGCUUUUGUUCAGUUAUUACCAGCAGCCUCCAUGCCAGAAACUUCACCCCCUACUUCAGUUUUGAAAACAAAACAUUCAGUAACUUAGAGACCAUUAAUGCUAGCUUGUAAUUUUCAUAAUUUCCCUUUUGCUUAUGUUUUCCCUGAGGUUAGUCUGUGCAGAUAGUUUGUAAGUUUGUGUUUGUAAGGAUUAAGAACAAGUUUAAUGGAAAGAUACAAUGUUUUGUUCG